UUCUGUGUGCGCGUGUCUGUGUUCGGCUACAAUUAAAAAAAAUAUAUUUUCAUAUAUGUAAAAUAGAUUGAUGUGAUUUCUUAAAACAUUUUCUCAACAAAAUAAAUAGAUCACGAGCUUUUCCCUGUACUCGUUGAAUGCAUCCUUUCGGAUACACAUCGUCUACGUGAGCAUUCAUCAACGUCGAGCAAACAUUUAAAAGUGAAUUAUUUUUUAAUACGUAUUAAUUAAUAAACGUCCCGAAUAAAAUAAAUACAUAGACAUAGUGGAACCUUUGAUAUCAGUGAUAGAUUCCUUCUGGAUACAAAUCGUCUACGUGAGCAUUUAUCAACAUAAACAUUUAAAAGUCAAUCAUUUUUUAAUACGUAUUCAUUAAUAAACAUCCCGAAUAAAAUAAAUUAAUAGACAUAGUUGAACCAUUGGCAUCAGCGAUAGAUUCCCUCCGGAUGCAAAUAGUCUACGUGGGCAUUUAUCAUUGCAGAGGAAAUAUUUAAAAGUGAAUCAUUUUUUAAUACGUAUUCAUUAAUAAACGUCCCUAAUAAAAUAAAUACAUAGACAUACUGGAACCAUUGACAUCACUGAUAGAUUCCUUCUGGAUACAAAUAGUCUACGUGAGCAUUUACUAACGUAGAACAAACAUUUAAAGUGAAUCAUUUAAAAAUACGUAUUAAUUAAUAAACGUCCCGAAUAAAAUAAAUACAUAGACAUAGUGGAACCAUUGACAUCAGUCAUAGAUUCCCUCCGGAUGCAAAUAGUUGAUGCGCACACGCCCUCCACAUUUACCGGCAGACCAUCGAAGUUAUCAAACCUUUCCACUACAUUUCCCACUACAUUUACAAGCUUUUAUUCUAAAUUCAAACUUUUCCAGAGUGUUCUACUUAUUUUUCUGCUUGGACCACGAUUGUACAAAUGUAAAUGAUUUCAAGAUAAGACAAGGACGACCUUUACCCACAUAAUCCCGGAACAGACAGCGUCAGAAUGGUAAAUGCGAAAUAAUGGCAACAUUGCCCGUCUAUUUAUUCAAUUUUCAAUGUGCAACUUGUGUUUUUGAUAAAAUGUUCACUUUCAAUGUCGGUGACACCAAUGUAAGCAUUUAUAUGAUCUUAAUUUGAAAGUAUUUAUUUAUUUUUCCAUCUCCCACUCAACUUGUCCGUUUUGCCUUCCAGCAGUAAACUGUCUACGUCACUAGCACGAUGACCAACAUCCUUCAUUUUCCUCGGAUGCGGCUGCAGCACCUGCAGCACCAUCAGCACCUUCUCCACCUCGUGCUGAGUCGAAGCGUGACGCAGGGCGAGUACAGACGACCCGGCAAGCCCAGAGAAGAUAAACCCCCUUGGCAGAAGAUCAACUUCAGCUUCUCCAAAGGCUUGGAGGGCAUCCGGAAACACGCGACGCUGCUCAAAAAGGAGUUCUUCGAGCGCUGGGUCGGCCCCCGGGGGAAGCCCCUGAUGGAGCACAUGCAAGAGCAGAACGAAGUUCUGUGGGAGUUCCGGGGGGCCGAGAGCCUGGAGCGGUGGACCGUGUCGUCGGAUCGCGAGAUAGGAGGCCAGAGCGAGGUCUACUUGAAGCUCGGGAGGAACAACACCACGUGUUUUCUCUACGGGACGCUGAGGUCGACCCCCCCUCGGGACGGCGAGACGCGGUACAGCGGUUACUGCAGCAUGCGCUCCAAGCAGCCGCUGGGGUCGUUCAACCGCAAGCAGCACUACGACUGGUCCAGCUUCAACACGCUCCACCUGCGCGUGCGAGGCGACGGCCGGCCGUGGAUGAUCAACAUCGCCGCCGAGACGUACUUCUCGCACCAAAAAGACGACAUUUACAACUACUUCCUGUACACCAGAGGGGGGCCCUACUGGCAGGAGGUCAAGAUUCCCUUUUCCAAAUUUUUUCUCACGCAUCGAGGAAGGAUUCAGGAUGAUCAGCAUCCUCUCUGGCUAGACAAGAUUAACACAAUCGGAUUCACGCUGGGCGACAACGCGGACGGCCCCUUCCAGCUGGAGAUCGACUACAUCGGCGCCUGCAAAGACUACGCUCACACGGAGGAGUUCGCCUACGAGCUGUACAAAAAGAAUCCGGAAGUUUGACGCCGCAGUUUCAUGACAUUUUCAGGGCGAUAUAUAUAUAUAUAUAUUUUUUUUUUUAAUUUAUAGCCAGGUUAGGAAAAUGAGAACAGUUGCUCCUUGCCGACCUGGUGGCAAUUUAAUCAAAACUUUUGAUUGUCAUGGGAAUUGUCACUGAAAUGAAAACAUAAUUAGAUUUCGAGGGGUUUAUUCAUUCAAUCUGUUGAUAAUUUUGUCUGUUAUGAUAUGGUACGAUGGAAACAAAUUAAGUACACAAUAUGUUUUUUGCAGUGUAUACAAAACAAUAAAUUGAUGAAUAAAUUCCUUUUUAUUUUUACAGUAUAGUCAUAAUGAUCAAUUUUGUGGCUGCACUUCUAAAUCAAACCAGUUUGUUCCCUGAGAAGAAAUGUCGCUAACAUUUUUUAAAAGGUCUUAACCGCUAAAUUGAAUUGGAAUAAAAUAUGUUUCUUAAUUGGAAUAGUAACAUAUUUUCAUUACAUAGAUGCGUAUGAGCUAUAAUAUCUUAUUUGGGGGUAUCAAAGUGUUGUUAUACAUGGGAGACUCCAUGAAUACACAAAUUGACUAUUUUUUAACCGGCUCAGUGGCCAACAUCUUACAGCAAACACGUGGAACAUUUCCAAGGAUCAGUUACAUAUUUUAUUUCCUGCUAAUGUUCGUUGAAAACGCAAAUUCAUGCCAGAAUCAACAUUUCAAAGCGAAGUUUGAAUUAAAAAAAAAAUGGUCAAAACUUAAUUACAAGACAUCGCUAGCUGUCGUUUUGGCUAG